AUGAAGUUACCAGGACCUUUGGAAAACCAGAGAUUGUCUUUCUUAUUGGAAAAGGAAAUAUCUAGGGAAGCCCAGAUGUGGAAAGUGAAUGGGCCAGAAAUGGGUGCAAAUCAGAGUGUUUCUCCAUCCCAGAGAGAUGAAGUAAUUCAGUGGCUGGCCAAACUCAAGUACCAAUUCAACCUUUACCCAGAAACAUUUGCUCUGGCUAGCAGUCUUUUGGAAAGGUUUUUAGCUACUGUAAAGGCCCACCCAAAAUACUUGAGUUGUAUUGUAGUUAGCUACUUUUUCCUACCUGCCAAGAGUGUUGAAGAGGAUGAGAAAAUUCCAGUACUGAAUCAACUCCAUUCGAUUUUUUUUCACAUUUUCCAUGCCAUUGCAGUGUCAAACAGGCCUCAGUUACUUUUCAGUUUGCCCAAAUUGAGCCCAUCUCAACAUUUGGCAGUCCUUACCAAACAGUUACUUCACUGUAUGGCCUGCAACCAACUUCUGCAAUUCAAAGGAUCCAUUCUUGCUCUGGCCACAGUUAGCUUGGAAAUGGAGAAACUCAUUCCUGAUUGGCUUCCUCUUAUAAAUGAACUUCUCCAGAAAGCACAGAUGGAUAGCUCCCAGUUGAUCCACUGUUGGGAUCUUGUGGCACAUCACCUUUCUACUCUGCAGUCUUUCCUGUCUCUAAAUUCUGUUUAUCUCUACCAUCCCCUCAAGCACACCCUGGUGACCUGUUACAAAGGAGUGUUCAGAUUACAUCCCUCCUUUGUCUCAGGCCCAAAUAUUUCCAAGGACAACAGCAAGCCAGAAGUGCCAGUCAGAGGUACAGUAGCCUUCUACUCUCAUCUCCCAGCUGCCAGUGGGUGCAAGCACACCUUUGCUAAAUGCAAAGUGGAAGAAAUGGAAGUGGAUGACUUCUAUGAUGGAAUCAAGUGGCUUUAUAAUGAAGAUAACACUGCCAAAAAUGUGGCUUCUCUGUGUGGCACUGAUUUAUCAAGACAUAAGGGACAUGCUUCCUCUUGUUCACCUUUGCAACCUAUUUCUGUCAUGUAG